AUGGCGUCGCAUCCAGCUACUCCCUGCACUAUCGCAGGCUCCGGACAGGAUGCUAACGGUGACUCAGUUGAGUCUCUUCGCCAGCGCUUGCAUGAGGCCGAACAUACCAUCACCGGGUUGAAAGCCGAGCAGAAAGCGACGCAAGACUUCUUUGUUGCCCAGAAUGCGGAGCUCAAGAAGGAGAACAACCAGCUGCGGGAAGACAUGACCGCGCUUCGAUGUCAGCUGGCUGGAACCGCUAGCAAUGAAGCCACUCCAGGUGCCAGCGCGACAAUGAGCUCACAGGACUUGAGGAAACUGCAAGGAAUUAUCCAGGAAGUGAGACGACACGGCAGCGAGCUUCAUCAGAAAGCACGAGAACUUCGCGACUCUGUACUUCUCAAGCAAGAGGAGUUUAGUCGAAAGCGACGCCGCACGGAUUCAGACACCGACAAAAAGGAAGAAGAAAAUCCGGCAAUGCAAUUUGUCCAAUCUUGCAAACAAUACAACAACCAGACAAUCCGUUGCUCCAUUACCUUUUGCGGCGCACUCAAACCCUUCAUCGAAGACCUAAGUCGUGCACAAGAAUCACAAUCGUCAUUGUCUCACGAAAAGAUACGACGAAAUCUGGCAGACUUUGUUUACUCCGGAACUAAAUCUGGAUGGCAUUGUCUUCGAGAGGUCUGUGAGAAAGGCAAGCUCUCCGAUGAGAUCAAAAACCUUUCCGCUUGCCCGCUCCAUGGCCCCUAUUGCGAGUUUCUUAUCUUGAAGCACUUGAGCAAUAAGGGUAACUUCAGUUUCGCAUCAUUCAGUGACAUCGAAAAUUCCACGAACAAAAUCGCCUAG